CUUCACCUUAUACAAAUAAUCAAAAUUCUUCUUGGUCUUUGUCAAAAAUUGAGUUACCUAAAGUUUUAAAAAGUUAUGAUCAUGGAUACGGUAAUUUUUGGAUAGACCAAACCGUUCCUUCCAUAAAUGCCACUGUCGAUCCAUUAACGACCGCUUUAAGCAUUACCUUUUAUAAUCCUGUUGCUUUGUCAUAUGAUUCGUCAAACAGUUAUAUCACUAUCUACAAAACAUCUGAUUACGGAAUUAGACAAAAAGUCUCGCCAACAACGUAUAAAUUUUGUAAAAUCAGUCAAGAUGGAAAAACAAUUUCUAUAAAGAUUAUUAGUAGUACAUUUAAUCAGUACGGUGAAUAUUACGUGCAGAUGGAUAAUGAUUUUGUUAAAAGUAAAUAUUAUGGUGAGCCUCUAACAGGAAUUGCCGGUGGAAUUUGGAAUCUUAAUUCAACUUAUAAGUCGAAUUCUUCAGAUAUGUCUGCUGUUACUGGUUCAGUCAGUCUCACAAGUGACAGAGUAGAAUAUUUCUUAUCAUAUCCUAACCGUUCUGAAUAUUUUAAGAAUUUACUAGAUGAAAUUUCUGUUAAAUUACCAGUCCGACGUGAUCGUUUAAGUACAAAUGAAAAGUAUCAGUAUAUUAGUUAUGGCACAUCUAAUGUGCAAAUUAUUUUUUCUAUUCGUGUAAAUUCACGAAAUUCAAGUACCGAAAGUACUGCUCAGGAUGUGGUGUCAGGUUUAAAAACUAUGAUUGCAUAUAAGGAAGUCACAACUUUUUCCAAUAAUUUAACAAAUGAUUUGGAUGAUCAUUAUGGCUUUAUUGUGCAAAGGAAUUUGUGGGAAGAAUACGUAAAAUAUAUUGGUGCGUUAAUUCUGAUUCUCGGGGUAAUCGUAAUAUUAUACAUAAAGACUGAGCAGAAUGAACAGAGCAAAGAUGGUGAACAGAUUAGAAACAAAACUAAGAGUAACGGAAAGAAAAAUAUACUGAAAAUAAUAAUAGACUUCCUUUCAUGGGUACAUGCAAAACUCAAAGAUCUCUUUUUAAUUUGGGUUAAGAAAAAUGAUUCUGCCAAAGCAAGAGAAAUAGCUCAUAUAAUCUCAGCUGUCGGAUUUGGGCUUAAAAAGCUCUUCAAAAGGCUCAGAGAAGAAUUGCCUAUUUAUUCUUCAAAUAAAUCGAACGCGGGCAAUGAUCAAAUCAUAAAGAUAAUAGAUAACUUUGAUGCAACAACCUUGAAUAAACAUGUAACAAAAUUAAUAGAUACCUUUGAUGCAAUCUUGAAUGAACAUAUAACGAAAAUAAUAGAUAUUUCUGAAAAGACUUUCAUCAACAUAUUUUUGGAAAUUUCAGAACUAGUAAAAGAUGAAAGGAUACAAGAUGAUUUUUCUAAAAUCAAUAUAAAAAACAUAAUUAAUGAAAGGAUAGUUGAUAUUUUGACGAAAAUUUGUAAUAAAAAGCAAUUAAAAAGCUCCGGUGUUUCUAAAAAACAGAUUUUUGCUGUGGUGCAAGAAGAGAUAGAGAUAAUAUUACUAAAUGAACUUUUAUACAUAUGUUUCCAAAAAAAGAUAAAGGAAGAAAUUCAUAACCUCUCAGAUUAUAUUCCUCACAAAAUACUAAACCAAAUUUCUAACAAGAUUUUUAAUAGCUUUAAAACAAAAAUUUGUGACAACGUUAAAGAACUUUCUGAGAAAUUUUCCGAGGAAAAUCAAUUUAAUAUUACACAAUCUGAGAUGAUAACAGAGUCUUUUGAUGAGAUGUUUGACACAAUACAAAUUAUAAAUACGAUACAAACUAUAGCACAAUAUAUAUCUGACUCAAUACAAAAAAAAUCUCAUUUAAUAAUCUCAAAAAUUUCUACUAAAUUGAAAAAUAUGUUAUCAAAAAACACCAAUCAAAAUUUAUUAAAUGACUUAGAAAAGAAUGCUCUUUAUAUGACUUUGACCAAUGGAAAUGUCAAUGGAGAUACCAAUGAAGAUAUCAACAAAAAUACCAAUAAAGGUGCCAAUAACAAUGCCAAUGAAGAUAUUAAUAAAAAUGUCAAUGAAGAUGCCAAUGAUGAUAUCAAUGAAGAAGCCAAUGAAGACGCCAAUGAAAAUACUAAUAAUGCUAAUAAAGACAUUAAUAACAAUACCAAUAAAGAUGCCAAUGAAAAUGUCAAUAAAAAUAUCAACAAAAAUAUCAAUCAUGAUGUCAAUAAAGCUGGAAAGUCAAUAUUUUUUAUUUUUACAUUAGCUGACAGUGAGUCCCUGAUAAUUUUGGAUGACCUGACCGAAAGAUUUAUUAAAGAUGAUAAGAAACGUAAACUGGCUUUAAUUAGAGCAUUUGUAGAUAUUGUUAUUAAAACCAUUCCACUUAUUGUUCUUUUGGCUUAUUAUGCUUCAUCUAUAGUAAUUUAUGGUUUUAUACCACUUAUGGCACUGACAACAUCCUGCCUUAAAU